CCAGUCCUGAGGAAAAGGGAGCAAGCGAGUGAAAGACGGAACUGAGAGAGCUGCUGGAGCUGUUCCUGCAAAGCCAGCUGAAGAGGGUGGCUGGGAGGGAGGGGCACGAGGAGAGGAGGUCGCAGCACCAGGAGCAGCGCGGUUCUGCAUUUUCUGUGUGAUGAAGGUUCAUUGCAUUGCUCCUCCGUUUGUUGCUAGCUGACACUCAACUGCACCCAGUGCGCACCAGAAAGGAGACACCGCGGUGCCGUGACCUUGGCCGAGGAGUGGCAAGUUGAAAAUUCCAUUAUUUAAGAGCCUAUCUGAUUUGGGGUGACAUGGCACAGGGAAAUAAUUAUGGACAGAGCAGUAAUGGGGUGGCUGAUGAAUCACCCAACAUGCUUGUAUACAGAAAGAUGGAAGAUGUCAUAGCACGCAUGCAAGAUGAAAAAAAUGGAAUUCCUAUUCGAACUGUUAAAAGUUUUCUUUCCAAGAUACCCAGUGUCUUCUCUGGGUCAGACAUUGUGCAAUGGUUAACGAAGAACUUAACUAUAGAAGAUCCAGUGGAAGCUCUCCAUCUGGGGACAUUAAUGGCUGCCCAUGGUUAUUUCUUUCCAAUCUCAGAUCAUGUUCUCACAUUAAAGGAUGAUGGCACAUUUUACAGAUUUCAAACACCCUAUUUUUGGCCAUCAAAUUGUUGGGAGCCGGAAAAUACAGACUAUGCUGUUUACCUGUGCAAGAGAACAAUGCAAAACAAAGCCCGACUGGAGCUAGCAGACUAUGAAGCUGAAAGCUUGGCUAGACUGCAACGAGCAUUUGCCCGGAAGUGGGAAUUUAUUUUUAUGCAAGCAGAAGCACAAGCAAAAGUUGACAAGAAAAGAGACAAGAUAGAAAGGAAGAUUCUUGAUAGCCAAGAACGAGCUUUCUGGGAUGUACACAGACCAGUACCUGGUUGUGUAAACACAACUGAAGUGGAUAUUAAAAAAUCAUCCAGAAUGAGGAACCCUCACAAAACUCGAAAGUCGGUCUAUGGAUUACAAAAUGAUAUUCGAAGCCACAGUCCAACCCACACACCCAUACCAGAAACUAAGCCUCCCACAGAAGAUGAAUUGCACCAACAGAUAAAAUACUGGCAAAUACAGUUAGACAGACACCGCUUAAAAAUGUCCAAAGUUGCUGAUAGUCUACUAAGCUACACAGAACAGUAUGUUGAAUAUGAUCCCUUUCUUGUACCACCUGAUCCUUCUAAUCCAUGGAUGUCAGAUGAUACCACUUUCUGGGAACUUGAAGCAAGCAAAGAACCUGGCCAACAGAGAGUUAAACGAUGGGGUUUUGGCAUGGAUGAAGCAUUGAAAGAUCCAGUUGGGAGAGAACAGUUCCUCAAAUUUCUAGAGUCAGAAUUCAGUUCAGAAAAUUUGAGGUUCUGGUUGGCAGUGGAAGACUUGAAGAAAAGAACCAUUCGGGAAGUCCCCACCCGGGUCCAGGAAAUAUGGCAGGAAUUUCUGGCUCCAGGUGCUCCCAGUGCCAUUAAUUUGGAUUCCAAAAGUUAUGACAAAACCACACAAAAUGUGAAGGAGCCAGGACGGUACACAUUUGAAGAUGCUCAGGAGCACAUUUACAAAUUGAUGAAAAGUGAUUCCUACCCACGUUUCAUACGAUCCAGUGCCUACCAGGAGCUGUUACAGGCGAAGAAAAAGGGCAGAAACAUCCCUAUUUUCCCAUGCCAUAAAAACUGUACACCAACACUGAGGGCCAGCACUAACCUGUUAUGAAAAGAGGGGAAAUCGCUCACAUCCAAGAGGUUAACCAGUCUAGUUCAGUCCUAUUAAAAGGAUCUACUUGUAGCAUGGACCCAGCCUCAAAUCAUUAUACACACUUUGUAGCUCACUAAGUCCCUGGAUCAGAGGACAUUAGGCCAAGAUGUUGCAUGAGCAAAGGACUGGAUAUGUUCUCUUUUGCCUCCACUGAAGCAUUACAGACUCCGAGGGACUCUAUCUCUUCUCACCACUUCCAGUUCCAAUCUUGUCUGUUCACUUCCUCCUUCAUAUCAAGCUGGAUCUGUGUAUUACUUUUCUGCAAGUUCAAAGUACAGUGAAAACUUUUUUUGAAAGCUUCUCCUAGACACAAAGUUUAUUUAAAAAAACACAGUAAAUCCCAACC